AAACUCUGUGGGGACGUGACAUCCGGUAAUAAUAAGUACAGCAAAGAAGAUGCUUGUAGUGUAAACAGCACAGAAGGUAGUUAAGCAGUGGUUGGUCUAACAUCAAGGGAAGAUAUGAGGGCAAUAGGGCUGCGUCAACGCUGGACGUACAUCCUGAUCUUCCUGCUGUCGACGAUCAUCCCAGUACUCUUGUAUACAGUGAUUAGAAAUGAGCUGCGGAGCAGGUCAAGCAAAAACACCAACAGCGUUUCCAGACUUGAAGGCACCUGGAAUCCAUAUAAGCAAAAGCCACAACAUCUAGAACCAAUCAAAUAUUGCAGGGCGAAAUCCGUUAGCAAGUUAUUGAAGCUCUAUAGUCAGAAGUGGAAGAAGCAAGUGGAUAAUUUAUCCCAAUUCAGGUCUCUGCUGAACAAGAAGUGCAAUGGAACCUUCAAGGCUGUAGUCACGCAGGUCAAUACACUGCUGUACGAUGGCGACCGGAAGAGAUCUACCAAGGUGACCUCUAAGCUGUUCAGCACCUUCGUAAAGGAUUCACCGUUUGUAAAUAAGACAUUCAAGACGUGUUCGGUGGUGGGAAACGGUGGUGUCCUGGUCAACAGCACCUGUGGAGAGGAGAUCGACUCGGCCCAGUUUGUCAUCAGGUGUAACCUCGGCACCCUGGACACUGGCUAUGACAAACACGUUGGCAAGAAGACUAACCUCAUUUCAUCCAAUCCCAGCAUCCUCACUGAGCAUUAUGGAGCCCUGACAGACUAUCGGCGCCCAUUUGUGAACAGGCUAGACCCCUACAAAGACGCUCUGCUGCUACUGCCUACCUUCUCCUACCGGCGAAACACGGCCAUCUCCCUGCGAGCCUACUACACCCUGAAUGACUUUGACAGCUCGAUUCGGGCCGUCUUCUACAAUCCCGAGUACCUGCGGAAUUUGGCAGAGUUCUGGCGGGGGCGGGGCCUGAAGGCGAUACAGCUGAGCACAGGGAUCACGAUGGUCAGCCUGGCAGUGGAGAUGUGCGACGAGGUCCAAGUUUACGGAUUCUGGCCCUUUCCCGUGCACCCAAACGACUGCCAGCCAAUCACCAACCAAUACUAUGACAACAGGCCACGGAGGAGGAAAUUCCCCGCCAUGCCUGAUGAGUUUCGCCAACUGCUGCGCCUUCAUAACAUGGGUGUGCUCAAACUUCACCUGGGAAGAUGUAUACCAGGAGGCGAAUAGAGUUGGGCUACAUUCCAGAAAACAUCUAACAAACAAGUAGCUUUAUUACUUGGCGUACAACUGUAGCCUUACCGGUCAACCCCAUUUACCACUUGUCAAGCACAGAAUCAUGGUGUUACUGUACAUGCAUACCACUAAAAUUCGGUAAACCGGGAAAUAGGAAGUGCAGCAGCUAGUUCAUUGCAAAUGGUUAAUGAAAAGAUUUUAAACCACGAUGUUUUCACUGCACUCCAUAAACCUCAUGAGAGGUAAGUAUAUUUCCUUCUCUACAGAAUAGUGAGAUUGUGUAUAAUUUAUUUGCGUGCUGGAUCACAGUUAAUAUUGUGUCAUGUGUUCUUUUUUUACUCGCUAAAAUAAACGUUGAAGGUCUGAUAUGGAUACAUGAGACACAGACGCCGAACUGCAAGAUGCGCACGGUGGAAGAUUCACACGCGCUAAAUACACACGUGAGGUUCGGACCGGGUACACACAAGACACGGCUAAACACAGGCGCGACAAUAGGGAAAUGCAACCAUUAACAUUAACAACGAUACAAUAUAAGGGUUAAGGACUGUUAAUGAAGAGCGUGAUUUCCCCGGCAAGCAGGUCUCCAUGUCUCUCUCUG